AUGGUGAUCGAGACGAUAACGGCGGAAAAUGCGAGCGUCCACGAGGUUCAGGAAUGUCUGGGGAUGCUGCGUUCCGACAAGGCGGCCGGCCUAUCCACCGCCGAGACGACGCGACGCCGCCAAUUCCACGGGUACAACGAGUUUGACGUCGGAGACACGGAGCCAAUCUGGAAAAAGUACGCCGAGCAGUUCAAGAACCCGCUGAUCCUGCUGCUCCUCUCCAGCGCCGUCGUCUCGAUUCUGAUGAAACAGUUUGACGAUGCCAUCUCCAUUACGAUAGCCGUGGUAAUCGUCGUCACCGUCGGUUUUGUGCAAGAGUACCGCUCGGAGAAGACGCUCGAACAGCUCGCCAAGCUCGUCCCACCCGCGUGUCAUGUCCUUCGAGAUGGUCGUGCUCACGAGAUGCUGGCGCGCGAGCUCGUCCCCGGCGACGUCGUGCUCCUCAACACGGGAGACCGAGUGCCGGCCGAUGUUCGUCUACUCGAAUCGGCGGAUUUGCAAGUCGACGAGUCGUCGCUGACCGGAGAGACCGAGCCCAAGCACAAGAACAUCAACGCCGUCGUUGGG